UAUACACUGUCUACCCCACACACAUACGCUGUGACGAUGCCUGGCUUCGUCCGGAAUGGACGGAAGCGUGCUUCGCCAGAAGUGCCCGAGGACUCCUCCGACUCAGACCUCCCGACACCCAUAUCUGUGCAAGGCAAACGCGCUCGCUAUGCUCGCGACGCGUCUGACAGUCCCACUGCCACGAACGGCGUCCGGAACCGCACAGCCAUUGGGUCGCAUAACGAAGAUGUCUUCCAACCCGGCUCGAUUGUACGAGUCAAACUUACGAACUUCGUCACAUAUACCGCCGCCGAAUUUCACCUAGGACCGAGUCUGAACAUGAUCAUUGGGCCGAACGGCACGGGAAAGAGCACUCUCGUUUGUGCGAUUUGUAUAGGGCUUGGAUGGGCGACAGACAACUUGGGAAGAUCGAAGGAAUUGAGUGCAUUCGUCAAGCACGGCGCCGCUGAAGCUGAGAUUGAGAUAGAGCUUGCCAAAGCGGACGGCGAGCGGACAAAUCCUGUGGUGAGACGGGUCCUGCGUAAAGAGGACAACAAGACGGUCUUCUUUAUCAAUGGGAAGCACGCGACGAAUCGCGCAGUUAUGGACAUGUGUAAACGCUUCUCGAUCCAGAUUGACAAUCUGUGCCAGUUCUUGCCACAGGACCGAGUCGUCGAAUUUGCGAAGAUGAAAGACACGGAGCGACUGCGAGCGACUCUCGGUGCUGCCGCACCUCCAUAUAUGAGCGAGUGGCAUGAUCAGCUCAUGGCUCUGCGCGGUGAAGAGAAAAUAUUGGUGGAUAAACGACAUACUGAUGAAGAGCACCUCAAGCAGCUGGAGGCUCUACAGAACACCACACGAGGUGAUGUGGAAAGGUGGAAUCAACGCCAAGAACUUGCUUUUAAAGCAGCGACUCUUGAAAAAGUUCGGCCACUCAUUCAAUUAAGGAUACAUAAAGAGGAGUUUGACCAAGUCAAAAAAGAUCAUGAUGCCGCAGUGCAAGAGUUGGCUCAACUCAGCGAAGAAAUUGAGCCUGUCAGACAAGCUGGAGUGGAUGCCCAGACCUAUCAUGAUCAAGUCAAUCAAGUUGUGCUGCGGAGGACGCAGAUGAUGGACAUGGUGAAGCUGCAGGCAGACAAGAAAGCCCGCGCGAUCAGCGAGGAGAACAAGAUCGCCGAGGAACGGAGGGGUCAGGUCGUUAGCGAGAUGCGAGACAAGCAAGGUCGCCAGCAGGACAUAGCCCGCACCACCAAAAGGAUUGCAGAUCUCGAGCGGAAGCACCAGGAACAGCCCGUUGAAUACGAUCAAGAGGGGUACCGCCAACGAAAGGAGGAGCUACGUCAAGAGUUGUCAUCGGCCGACCGUCGAAUAGGCGAGCUGAGGAACACCAUGUCAUCCAUCCAAGCUCGAAUCCAAGAUUUCAGAGUCCAGAAGAAUGCGGCUAAGAACCAACGCGAUCUCCUCGACACACAAAGCGGCAAGCAAAUUAGCCUGCUCCAGAAGGUGUCUCCAGACACAGCGAAGGCGUGGGAAUGGUUUGAGGCGAAUAAGGCACAGCUGCCUCUCAAAGGCGAAGUUUAUGGACCUCCUAUAUUGACAUGUUCAUUGACAGAUCCCAAGUAUGCGGAUGCCUUGGAAAGUCAGAUAAGAUUCGGCGAUGUUGUCGCAAUUACAUGCACGUACAACGAAGACCAGAGACUCCUCCUCGGUGAAUUUACGGGGAGGGAUAAGCUUGGGUUACAUGGCAUCUACCUCAGGACUUCGCCUAAGCCACUAUCUGCCUUCCCUGCCCCCGUACCCGCCGCGGAACUCGCGCGCUUUGGGUUUGAAGGGUACCUUCGCGAUUACAUCAAGGGGCCCGACCCGGUCGUUGCUAUGCUUUGCGACAAUGCAAGAUUGAACAGAGUUGCAUUUGCCUCCAAGUCCAUUACCGAUCAGCAGCAUGCAGCUGCGUCAAGCAGUCCAAUACAGGCAUGGGUGAGUGGCAGAGAAACGUGCAAGAUCACCACGCGAAGGGAGUACGGCGUAUCGUCUACCUCCGUGAACCAUCUCAAGCGGGCACAGUUCUUUGUUGACCAACCUGUCAACUCAGACGAGAAAAGGCAACUCGAUGAACAACUACGUGAACUCGAUCGUGAGGCCAACGAGAUGAUAGUUGAGCACAACUCGGCCAAGUCUGAAGUCCAGGGACUCCUAGAAGAGAGCAGAGUUGUGAGAGAGCAAAGAGAUGAGAUAGUGAAAGAGGAGAACCAGAUCAAGAAAGCCAGGGCCGAGUGGGAGGCUCUUCCCCGCAUAAUAGAUCAAAACAAGACCGAUCUACAGCAAUACCUUGACUCGAAUGCGCAAACGAGUAAUCGCAUUCGGGAAAUCAAGGCUCAGGCACGACAAUGCUCCUUAAAGAUUGCUAGCCUCACACUGGAAUACGCUAAAUCUGUGACUGAGUUCCGCCGUCUUCACGAGAACGUAGUUGAAGCUGAGAUUCGCCUUCUUGAGGCUGCAUCAGAAGUCAGGGCGUUUGAGAAAGACAACAAAUUUGCUCUUGAACGCCUCCGGACCAUGCAAGCACGAUUGGAGCAGCUGGCAGCCGCUAGGAGAACUAUGAAAGCUGCCGUCAGAGAUGAACACCACAAAGCCCAAGGAAUGAUCAGCAGUUGCACGCAGGAGGAGAACCAGAUCAUUGUAUUAUACAAGGAACUUCGAACCGUCGCAGAACUCGAUGAUGAGAUCCAAUCGGCCAAUGCCAGACUCGAGAUGAUGUCUACAGGAGACGGUUCCGUAGUUAGGACCUACGAAAACCGCGAAAUGGAGAUUCGAAAGACACAAGAGUCCCUCGAAAAGCACGUCGCAGCCCUGGAGCAAGCCCAAAACAGCAUCGCAGAAAUCAAGGGUCCGUUCGAGACAGGCUUAGAUGAGCUUGUUGCGAAAAUCAGCGCUGCGUUUUCACAUAACUUCGCGCAAAUCGGUUGCGCUGGUGAAGUUGAGGUGUACAAGGAUGCCGAUGACUUUCAAGCCUGGUCCAUUCAGAUUAUGGUCCGUUUCCGCGAGGGUGAAACCAUGUCUGUCCUUGAUGAACGCCGCCAGUCUGGUGGUGAGCGAGCAGUUUCGACCGUCUUCUAUCUGAUGGCUAUGCAAGACCUCGCACAGGCACCGUUUCGCGUUGUUGAUGAGAUCAAUCAGGGUAUGGAUCCGCGUAACGAGCGCAAGGUACACGAGCGAAUGGUCGAUAUCGCAUGCCAAGAGCACACGAGUCAAUAUUUCCUCAUCACACCAAAGUUGUUGACGGGUCUCAAAUUUCAUCCCAAGAUGAAAGUUCAUGUCAUCAACAGCGGUGAGCACGUUCCGAAGAGUACGUCAAACAAGGAUGAAUGGAACCUCAAGGAUAUGGCGAAGGUUGCGCUUACAGUCAGAGGCCGCGUUGGUGUUGCUGCUUAGACAGUAGUACCAGCAGUGCUCGAUGUUUGGUAAUGGCGUGAUAUCAUUAGGAGGAUACUUCUGCAUUUUCGUCGAGCACAGAUACCAAGUUUCAGGCGUUUUGGUUGGUGACGGACUCCGAGUAUUGUUAGUACGACAACUCAUGCGACAUGAGAAUCACUUUGUUAAACGUAGCGGUGCUACGACAGGUAGCGUAUACGAACUUGAAGGCAUGCUUGCUCGGGAAGCAUGCUUUCAUUCUCCGUUCUGCACACGAGGCUCUCCGGUCCUCGCCGUUUCCGCGUACCACUACAACCUCAAUAUUUCGUGCUACUCGUUCACUGGUAAUUGGGGUACAACGGGAAACGGCUCAGAAGGUGUCGUGAAAGUGACAGACAAGUACCAAUGGUUAUCAAGAGCACAUGAGACUGCAGUGUUAUGACUGCAGAUCGGUAUGACAUCACAGCUCCUUCCCAGAACGCAGAGCAAAGAAAG